AUGGGUCGUCGCCUGCCGUGGAACCACCCCCACCUGCCACUCAAUUCCUCCGCCGCCGCCCCGUCCACGAGCAAACAGCAGCGCCUCAACCCUGAGCUUAAAUCUCACCUCAGCCCUCACAUCCAUACGGCCUGCCCCGAUUCCAACGAUAUGCCUUACAGCAAAACACCCCGAUCGUCCCGAGCCCGUGGUCGUCUCAUGCAAAACGACCACACCCCUUCCAAAGCACCCUCGUCCUCUGCCAGGCCGUACACCUCUUCGAGGAAGCAACGCCUCAGUGGUCUCUACGCAGACGGCAUCUGGUACUGCAACUGUGAACCCCGCUGUGAGGCUAAGCAAUAUCCCGUCAAGAAGAAGAGCCCCAAUAAGGGCAAGCUCUUUUGGACCUGCGUCCUCCGCGCCUGCGACUUCUUCCUCUGGGAUGAUGAUGCUGCCGCCCGCACCCUGGGCCUCACCGUAACGACCAUCGAAGACCCUGUCCCUCGAACUGAGCCGUCUCCCGUUGCACCGUCUUCAACCCGCCCCAAGGGCAAGCAGCCAGAGCUGGCAGAACCCCCUUCGACCGCUCCAGCCGACCGCAGCCCCAAGAGCAAGAUUUGCGACUUUUUCCCCAAAUCACCCAGAAACGAGACCACCAAGGCGGCAGUGCGAGCUGCCAUUGACAUAUCGUCUGAGGAGGACAAUGGAGUGCAUGCGCCUGCCGGCCCUGCUUCCUCCAAGCAGGCACCAUGGACGGCGAGCAAACGCCAUAGGAGCCAAGUCCACGAGGAAGAAGACCUGAUCGGCGACCUCUCCUCCGAUGAGGAACGGCAACUCAACGAGGCCGUGACGCGCAGCUCUCAGAAACUCCGCGGCAACAACCUCCAACCCCAGAGCUUCCUUACCCCUGCAACCGAGCGUACCACGGAUCUUCUCAACGGCAUGCCUACCCCGGCCACAGCCCGCGUUCUCUUCCCAGGCCCCAAGCUCAAGCGCCUCAAAACGUCGAAUGACGACUUGGGCACCGUGUCUCCCGGCCUCGAAACCCGCAACAGACACUGCGACCUCGCGCACCCAUGA